UCUCCAUUUCAUUGCUGACCCGCCACAACCAUUACGUAAUAUCUUUCGAACUUCAUCGCUAUCCAAAAUAAUUCCCUCCUCCUCAUCCAAUGAACAGUUCGACCUCCAAGCUCCCAAUUUUCCUCCUCACGACCAUGACAGUCCUGCCGUAUCAGGAUGAUGUUAAGAAUAAUGAGAGGGCGAAUUACUUCAAUACCGCUGCAUUGGAUGUCUCAGUUGCUUUUCCGCAAGCAACGCCGGCUUCUAUUUUUCCUCCCUGCAAUUGAUGAUCUAUUGACACCUGAGAAGCAGGCUAUUAGGUUGAGAGUAAGAGGGUGUAUGGAGAAAGACGUUACUCCAAUUAUGGCAGAGUAUUGGGAGAAGGCAGAGUUUCCAUUUCAAAUUAUUCCAAAGUUUGGUGCAUUGCGCAUUGCUGGUGGGACAAUCAAGGGUUAUGGGUGUCCUGGUCUUUCUAUUACGGCAAAUGCUUUUGCUACAGUUGAAAUUGCUAGAGUUGAUGCAAGCUGUUCUACUUUCUUCUUGGUUCAUUCCUCAGCAGCAAUGCUUACUAUUGAAUAGCAUUACGUGGGUCGAAGGCUCAAAAGCAA